GACUGAAGCCAUCUGCUGUACAAAAUAAUGCGAAGCUCGUCUGAUACAUUGACAAGACGUCACGCUUGGGGAGAAAAUACCAUUUGAAUACUGUAACUCGACUCCUGCAAGACAGUUUGACAGAUUGUUGGCAGAGGAUAAGAAGGUCAAGAGGAAGAGCGAUUACAUAACUAACGGCCACACGUGAUCAGAAAGUUGGAAAGUGCCAGCGGGGGAUCAGCAGCCAUCUUCCUUUCAUCCAUCCAGAGUCCCCACGGCCUACCUCACCGCGUAUUUCCCGACGUUCUGGAUAUCUAAAACAACAUUUAAAUCGACGUACGCACGCUAUCUAUUUCCGCCCAUCACGGCGUUUAGCUUCUUGUUCGCCCAAAAAAAACCGUUUCUGUUUCCUCAAAGUUUGCAAUGGAGGCUCUGUUCUUUAACGUUGAGGACGGGUUCCUUGAGGCCAUGGUCCGUGGGUACAAGGCUGGAAUUCUUAAUUCGACGAAUUAUAUCAAUUUGACGCAGUGUGAGACGUUGGAUGACCUCAAACUGCAGCUUGCAUCUACCGAUUAUGGAAACUUCUUGCAGAAUGAACCUUCUCCGUUGGCAACCACGACUAUUGCAGAUAAGGCCCGUGAAACGCUCGUGUCGCAUUUCCAGUACAUGAGGGCGAAUGCAGUGAAGCCUUUGGCAACGUUUUUGGAUUACAUUACCUAUGCAUACAUGAUAGACAAUACCAUCCUCUUGAUUACCGGUACGCUUCACGAACGCGAUACAAACGAUCUAUUAGAGCGAUGUCACCCUCUUGGCAUGUUCGAUGGUAUCGCAGCGCUAUGUGUCGCAACAAAUGUUGCGGAACUCUUUAACACUGUCUUGGUUGAGUCCCCAUUAGCACCGUACUUUGAAAAAUGCCUUUCAGCGCAGGACUUGGAUGAAAUGAACAUUGAAAUCAUCCGGAACACGCUGUACAAAGCUUACUUGGAGGAUUUCUAUGGCUAUUGUUUGCAAUUGGGUGGACCGACUGCCGAGGUUAUGGGAGAGAUUCUGCAGUUUGAAGCAGACCGCCGAGUCAUCAACAUCACGAUCAACUCUCUAAACACAGAGCUUAGCAAGGAUGACCGAGCAAAGCUGUUUCCGACUUGCGGAAGACUGUACCCAGAGGGAACUUAUAAGCUUGCUCGUGCGGAUGAUGUAGACCAAGUUCGUCUGGCCGUAGAAAAUUACCCGGAGUACAAACAAUUCUUUGACAUUCCCGUCGGAUCGGACCGAUCGCUCGAAGACAAAUUCUUUGAGUACGAAGUCCACCUGAACAAACGGGCCUUUACGCAGCAAUUCCAAUACGGCGUAUUUUACGCUUACGUCAAAUUGAAGGAACAGGAGAUUCGCAAUAUUGUGUGGAUAGCGGAGUGUAUCGCUCAGCAGCAGAAGGACAGGAUUAACAAUUACAUUACAAUCUUUUGAAUGCUGUUUAUGGCUGUAGUGAAUAGAAAGCGUUUUCUUGAGAAUUGUUUCCGCAGA